AUGGCGUUAUUAAAGAAAAUAUCUGAUCGGAAUCAAAACCUUUUACGGGCUUCGACAUAUAUAAACAGUUUCAAAAGAGUCGUUGAGGAAUUGGUUUAUAACUCACUUGAUGCAGACUCUACUUCGAUAGCAAUUAGAGUUUGCAUAGACAAUAAAUAUAUCCAAGUGCUGGAUAAUGGUAUAGGUAUUACUAAGGAUAAUUUUAGGCUUUUAGGAGACAAAUAUGUUACAAGCAAAUUCAUAGAUGUCACUUCCCUAAAAUGUACAUCAGAUAAAUAUGGGUACAAAGGUAUUUCUUUGGCAAGUAUUAUAGAAGUUUCUGAACAUGUAAAAAUAUCUUCAAAAUUUAAAAACUCGCAAGAAACCUGGAUGAAGAAGUUUUGUAAAGGCAGUGUAGAAGAAUUUAUUUUAACAACUUCAAGACCAUCUAAAGGAACCACUGUAGAAAUCUCAGGCUUUCUUUACAAUCUUAAUAUUCAAAGAAAAUCUAUAAAUUUAUUAAAGGAAUUAAGCAAUAUCAAAUUGGCUCUAGAGCAGCUAUCGUUGGCUCAUUGUAAUGUCUCAUUUAGCCUCAGAGAUGAUUCUAAAAAUGAAAUUAUUUUUAAAAUUCAUAAAAAUAGGAAUAUAUACCAGACAUUGUGGUCUCUUUUUGAAAUAAAUAGGAAUGAUUUAAAAGAUCUUCAAGUAGAAAAAAAUCAAUAUAAGGUGAAAGCAUACAUUGGUAAGGAUUGUUUGGUAUCGAAGAAGUAUCAAUGGGUUUUUUUAAAUGGAAGAUUUAUUUCAAAAACAUUUCUACAUAUAAAAAUUCAUGAAAAUUUUACUAGGAAAAACUUCAACAAGACAAAAGUAAAGUUUACAGAUGAAUACAAUUUUAAUUGUAAAAUUCCAUUUUACUUUAUUUUUAUAAUGUGUCCUAACUAUGAUUAUGAUUUUAACUAUAAUCAAAGACAAACUUUUGUUGAAUUUAAAAACUGUGAAGAAGUUAAUAACCUCAUUAAAAAAUUAAUAAACUUAUACUAUGGAGACAUUAAAGUAAAGCCAUUAGUUGUUAGAGAAGAAAUAAAUGAAGAUUAUAAUAAUGACACAAGAAAAAAAGUCAAAGAAAUUAUGGAGAAAAUAUUAAAUAAAAAUGAGAGAAAAGCCAAUAUAACACAACUACAAAAUGGUAUAAAAGAACAUUCAAGGACCAAACAAGUUAAAACAACGUAUGAUUUAUUAAAAACUAACGAGAAUAAAGAAAAAAAUCCCAUCAAUAUAUUUACAGAUCCUCAAAACAAUGUUAUUGAAGAAAGUAUCGACUCCUGUAUGUCUCAAAUUUUCGAGGAAAAAUUAAAAAAAAAUACUGAUUAUAAUGAUGACGAAAAGUAUUAUGAAGACGCUAUUUACAAUCAUUUUGCAGAAGAUGUUCACGAUAAAUUUGAAAUAUUCGAACCACGUGUUAAAAAUGUGAAAGAAAUUGUUUCUAAGAACCUAAAUAAAGUAAAUGACAAAAUCAACAAAGAUAAUGCAGAUUUGAUAUUUAGUUCUGAAUCAUUGCAGCAAGCCCAAAUAUUGGGACAAGUAGAUAAGAAAUUUAUAGCCGCUAGAAUGCAAAGUCGAUAUUCUAGCGGUGGAAAAUCAUCCCAUUUUUUAACUUUAUUUGAUCAACAUGCUGUAGAUGAGAGAGUAAGACUUGAAAGGAACUUAUCAGAUUAUUUCGACGGAAACAAAUGGAAAAGCGUCGCAUUCGAGAAAUUUCAAUUGAAACUUAGUCAUGAUGAUUAUUUUUAUCUUUACAAUUAUAAAGACAAAUUUACUCAAUUUGGAUUACAGUGGACAUUCGCUGAAAAGCAUGUAUUAAUUCAUGCUGUGCCGGAAGCAAUUUUAGGUAAAAAUCCUAGAAAGGCGGAAAUUAUUUUCACAGCUAUUAAAAAGCUUAUCUCUGAACAGAUUGAUUUAAUACAAUCAAGCAGAGGUAAUGUUUCUUCAUACCCAAAGUGUAUAAUGGAACUUAUUUUUAGUGAGGCUUGCAGAUAUGCAAUUAAGUUUGGUGAUCAGUUGUCUAAAGAUGACUGUGUUAAUAUGAUCGGUGCUCUCGCAAAUUGCAAGACUCCUUUUCAAUGCGCACAUGGUCGACCUGUUAUGGCAAUUAUCAUGGAAAUACCGAAUAAUAAUCUUACUUAUACGGUACUUAUUUUAUUCUUACAUUGAGGCAAAAUUAAAUUUUAUUUUAAAAACGAUAUUUAGCUUCUUUUUUU